AUGGCUAAUAACAUUUAUGCACACGUACAUCAAUUUCACAAAUGGAAAGAUACCAUGACAACAAUUAAAGACGAAGAUUCAGAAAUAUACAACUCAUUGUGCGAAGGAAUAAAGGGAAUUGAAGAUGAUAUUAAAUCUGAAUUUAACAAAGAAUGUCCCAAAUCUUUAUAUUUUUUAAAGGAUAUAGAACGUUAUUCAUUUCAUGAUUAUAACCUAAAAAGAGCAGCUUGUAUAUACAUGUGUUAUUGGUUAUUUCAUGACAGUCUGAAGGAAAAGAAAUAUGACAUCCAAGAAGUAUAUAAAUCCAUUCUAGAUAAGUACAACAAUAAUGAGGAUGAAUAUUUUAAGGACUGUAUGAACAUAUUUAUUAACGAAGAUGUACUCAAUAAACUUAAGCAUAUAUAUGACAUGUAUACAGAACUUAAAAAUAUGGAUAAUGGAACAUGUGAUGUAAAUAGAUGUCUAUGCGCCAAGAAAUGUUCUAAUUUAUAUAUGCAGCAUGUGGAAGAAUGUAAACAUAAAAAUAACAACGAUUUUUGUAAUGAGCUAGAAAAAGUUAGAAGUCAAUAUAAUGAACAAAUGAUAAAUACAAAUUGCACAGAUGGUACACCGAAGUUUUUACCUUCUUUCCAAACAUUUAGUUCAAUCAAACUUAUCUUAAGUACAUUUGUUCUAUUAAUAAUAUUAUCAAUUUUUAUAAUUGUAUUACAUAAGUUUAUUUUUAAAUCCAACUUAAGGAGUAAAAUAAUGAGAAAAAGUAAACAGAGAGAAGACAUAUAUAAUGAAUGUAGUAUAAUGCAACCAUCAGAAUUAUCAUGUAAUA